AUGAGAGUCACCGACGGGGGAGGCGUCGAUGUGAUUCUUAAUUCUCUAUCAGGAGAUGCAUUGAAAAAAUCUUGGGAAUACAUCGCUCCUCUGAAACGAUUUAUUGAGUUGGGGAGAAAGGAUACCCAGGGUUUCGGCCACAUGGAAUUGACACCAUUUUUGCACAAUAUGACACCGGCGAGUGUUCAGAUUCCAAUUGUGAUGACCCACCAGCCUUCUUUAAUUGGAAAGCUUCUCCAAGACGCCAUGCGUCUCCUCAUUCAAAGCAGUAUACGUGAAGCACAACCGACAACAGUUAUGAAAUACUCGCAAAUCGAAAAAGCACUUCGACAAUUGCAAAGUGGGAGUGGAAUGGGGAAAGUUAUUCUGAGUUCCGAAGAAGACGACCCCAUUCCUAUUGUUUCGGAGCUACUUCCAUCUUACCAAUUUAAUUCUGACGCAUCAUACAUUCUGGCGGGAGGACUGGAUGGAAUAUGCUGGGGCAUCGCACGAUGGAUGGCUGUCCAUGGAGCGAAGCAUCUUGUUUUCUUGUCCCGAUCGGACCAUUCUGAAAGCGAGAACAUCUGGGGUUGA